GCGUGCCAGAAGCCGUUCCGAACGCAGCGAUUCCGGGACGCUCCGUAUUGCAUAAAUUAUAAAAGUGGGUAAAAGUGAUCCAAACACAUCGAGUGAUAUAUGAAACGGUGCGCGAUUUGACGUUGCAGAAGUACGAGAAAGUACAGAUGUGUAUCUAAAAGUGUUUAAAAGUUACAACUAAAAUAACUUAAAAAUUACUAAGUUUUAGACACUAAAAGUGAAACGCUGCUUGAAAGUGAUCUGUGAGGUGUACUUUCCAAUACGUCAUUUAAUGCGCCUUGGCGACCUCUUCUGAAUAUUGGUUAAACUAAAUUUUUCCAUUGUUGAUUCGUGAAGUUAAAGUGAUUUUUCUACUUACCACGUGGCCACGUGGUCAGUGAUCCCGUUGUGACAGGGCCGAUUUGUUGGUACCACCGGAUAGCCCUUGCAGUCGCGAGUCUGACGAUACUAAUAACAUUAAACUGCCACAACGGGUCUAAAAGUUAGGCGCCAUUAAAAUUUGACACAUUAAUUUUGAUGUAAAACAGCCAACAAAAUCGAAAGUACAUCGAGGAGGACAAAAUUUUAUUGCAACAAAAGCAGUUAUUUCUUGAGUUUUGUACAUUAAGGUAGCUAAGAUUUUCCUAUUAAGACUCGUGUGACUAUCGAUUCCAACCUUAGUGAGCACGUGGUGUGAGAAGGAGAAGACUACAAACAUAUUGAAGAUAGAAAACUUAAAAUAAACAAAAACCGCCAAACGCUCAACAAAAAAUGUCAGAUAAAAAAUUUGCAGAUAAAAAACUGUUAGAUAAGAAAUUGACAGAUAAAAAAAUGCCACAAAAAUCAUCUUCGCUUAAAGGCGAGCCGCUUCUAAAGUCAAGCAAAGCACCCUCGUCAAUACCGGGUCCUUCCCUACGCAAAGAGACAACUCUGAUAGGAGCGCAAUCUUGUACGGCUCUUCCUAGGAGUUCAGCUCCUGAAGGUGAUGAGCCUAGCAAGGAACUACUGCAUUUGGGACUCCCCAUUCCAUCACAAGAGCUUUUGGGCUCUGAUGAGGAGUGGUCAGAUGCUGAUAGCGUAGCUAGUGCACGAGCAAGUAUGCUGCCUGCGACAGGGAGGGAACCGAGCAUAAUCAUGGACCUAACAACACAACGAGCAAAUGAAAUAUUACAGCAAGGUAAAAAUGCCCUUGAGAAAGCAGGUAACAUGAAAAAAGAAUGUAAAACAGAGGUAAAUGGAAGUCUCCAAGGAUUAUACGAAAUCGUCCUUUCGCUAUCGUAUUCGCGAGAAAAGCAAAUGAUUGCUCUAGAACAAGAAAAAGGGAGAGCCGCAAAAGAGCUAGUACGAUGCGAGAGGGCCCAUGCCAAAGAGCUCGCAGCAAUACAACAGGAUCAUGCCGUUAAACUUAAAAAACUCGAAGAAAAUACAGCGGGUGCUCUCAAGACAGCUGAACAGAUCAAGAAUUGGAUCAAUCUCGAAUUGGACGGCCCCUUAAAAACCAUAGCCAAUACUUACAGCGAGUUAAAGGAACUGUCAUCGAGACCACUACCCACAACGACAGUCAAGGAAAGAAUCUAUCACGCGUCAGGGGGGGUAGGACCUCAACCUAUCAAUAUACAACUCGCUGAAUUAGCCAGCAAGAUGGAAACAGUUCUUGAGCAGCUACAAUGUACUCGAGCCGAUAUUGAACGAUGGCAUCAACCUAAAGAUAGUAUUCCUCAACUUCGUGCAUUGGAACUUCAGCCACACACAUCCUUGAUGGCUAACCUGGAAGAGGUCAUUACAACGUUAAAGAAUGACGUUUCUGGCUUAACUCAGAUUUUACAAACAAAACAGUCUAUGGCCUCUGUAUUUGAAUACUCAGAUCCCAAAUCCCUGUGUACUCACCAAAACGUUCAAGAAUUGCUCGCCCCAGUACUCUGUUAUUUAGGGGAAGCCAAAAAGGAGAGGGCAGAGUUGAAGGACAUCUUGCAGGAUAACUCACGCAGUCGCGAAGGGUCCAAUGUUCUUGGUCCUGAGACGACGCUUACAGAAAUUAAGCAGCAGUUGUCAAACCUCUUGUCGCGACCUGUUCAAGAAGUAUCCACUGUAACGAAUCUAAGUCAGGACAUGGACCGAGUUAAUCAAUCAAAUACAGGGCCCCGAAUUGAGUAUGGUCGCUCUUAUGCCCAAGUUGCUCGCAGAUUGCCUUCUGUCCCGAGAUAUAACGUUUUGGUCGAAUCACUGGACCCACGCCACACGUCCGAUGACGUUGUCCAGAAACUAAAAAGCAGUGUCAACAUCAUAGAUCGAGGAAUCGGCGUAUCAGCAAUCAGAAGGUCAAAAAACCAACGGGUCAUUGUCAGCUGUGAAUCUGAACGUGAGCAGAAGAGCUUCAGCGAGGCACUUAGGCAAGCCGAUCAAAGCUUGUCGGCCAAGCAGCUGCCAAAUAAGCCACCACUUCUAAAACUUGCGGGUUUGGCAAAAGACCUCAAUGAUGCACAAGUUACAGAGGCCAUACUCAAACAGAAUAAAACUCUCAUCGAGGAUAUACCAGCUGAACAACAAUACAUCAAGAUAAUAAGACGCACCAAAGGCAGAAAUGACGUUCUCACCAACGCAAUUAUGGAAGUAGAUCCUAAAAUAUGGAGGGCUUUAGUGGACCAGAGGAUACGAGUUGGGUACCAGGUACUUGUGGCCUAUGACCAAUCGCCAAUUGUGCAGUGUUACAAGUGCUUAGGUUUCGGACACAUGGCAAGAGUAUGCACUGAGAAAGUGACUUGCGGGUACUGUGCUGACCUCCAUGAUACACGAGACUGUCCCAGGAGGGAAGUACCGCCACAGUGCAUAAACUGUUGCAAAGAUGGCAAGACCCUAACACCAUCACAUCCUGCAUACAGCUCGGAGUGUCCCUUGUGGCAGAAAUGGGAUAGAAUUGCUAGGUCUAGAGUAAAUUAUUGUUAAAGUAAAGGACAUGGA